CAUUAACUUGAUUAUCCAUAUGAUCCUCUCCAUAAUUAAGCAACAUCAAAUGGUACCUUUUUCUCUCUCUCUUUCUCUGUCUCUCUCAGAGUGAACCAGUAAAUAGUAAGUUCCUCUUUCUCUGUCUCUCUCAGAGUGAACCAGUAAAUAGUAAGUAGAUCAGUGGCAGUGCAAUAAACGAGGAGGUGAUAAGGGCUAGGUUUCAUCGGGAAGGAAAGGGUCUCAGACUCUCAGUAGAACUUGCAAAAUCGCACGUUAACCCCGCGUGCAACCUUCUGUUCAUCUUAAACUCCUCUCUCUCUCUCUCUCUCUCACUAGCUAAAUAUUAUGUACAUAUAUAUCUGAUACGGAGAGAGUGAGAAAAGAGAGAGGGAAGAGUGAAAUACUGUUUGCGCACAGGAAGUAAAGAAAAUACCCAUUUCCAAGAGAGACUGAAUCUACUUUUUACAGACAGCCAAGAAGGGGAUACGAAAAAAAACCCUAUUUUCUGUAAAAAGACUAAGUUUUUAAGCUUGAAAACCGGGAGUGCUCUUUAGGGAGACCAAUAGGCUUUAUAAAAACUAGUGUGUGAGAGUGCCGAGACACACCGAAAGAGAUUUUUAUGGGUUUUUAGAGAGAGAGAGAGAGAGAAAGAGAGAGAGAAUAUGGAAGGAGGAGCUAGUGGAAAUGGCACUUCUUGUAUGAUGGGGUUUGAAGACAACAAUAUGAUGAUGCCUCUAAUGAAUUCUGGUCAUGAAGCAAAUAGUAAUUUUAAGCCAUUUCUUCCUCUACCUUUGAACACCAAUUCUUAUGGCCAAAAGACCUCUGGUUUGAUGCCUCCGCAAGAUAUUGUGAACCGCAUGGAGACCAACAAUAGUAGUUGUAUGACUAUGAGGGCAAAGAUUAUGGCUCAUCCUCUCUUCCUUCGACUAUUGGCAGCUUAUGUCAAUUGUCAAAAGGUUGGGGCAUCUCCUGAAGUGGUGGCUAGGUUAGAGGAGGUCUAUGCUAAUUCUGAAGCUGCCAUGGGUGGUAGGUCAGGAACAGUUUGCAUAGGUGAAGACCCUGGACUGGACCAGUUCAUGGAGGCCUAUUGUGAGAUGCUCACCAAGUACGAGCAAGAACUCUCUAAACCUUUCAAAGAGGCCAUGCUUUUCUUCUCAAGGAUCGAGUGCCAGCUCAAAGCCCUAACAGUUUCUUCCUCAGAUUCAGCUGGUGGUCGAAAUGGAUCUUCUGAGGAAGAAGUUGAUCUGAAUGACAACAGCAUAGAUCCUCAAGCUGAAGACCAGGAACUGAAAACUCAGCUUCUGCGUAAGUACAGUGGAUAUCUGGGCAGUCUAAAGCAGGAAUUUCUGAAGAAGAAAAAGAAUGGGAAAUUACCAAAGGAAGCCCGGCACCGGUUGCUAGACUGGUGGAGCAGACACUACAAGUGGCCAUACCCAUCGGAGUCCCAGAAGGUGGCACUUGCAGAAUCAACAGGUCUGGAUCUGAAACAGAUAAACAAUUGGUUCAUCAAUCAGAGGAAACGCCAUUGGAAGCCUUCAGAGGACAUGCAAUUUGUUGUGAUGGAUGGUACUCAUCCCCACUACUACAUGGACAAUGUUAUGUGCAAUCCCUUUCCAAUGGAUUGCACAAAUAUGCUCCUUCAAUGACAUUUUACUGUCACUGUAACAAUAUUGAUGCAACUCUGUUAACCUAUCAAAAAAUAUUUAUAUUGAUGCAACUCUGUUAUGUAAGAGAAUGAGACGCUCUAAUAUUUAUAUUUAACUGCUUGACGUUCC